GGAGGAGUAUGGACUGAGGAUUAGUGUACCAGAGGAUAGUCUAUUAGCAUCAGAGACUGUAGAAGUAUCAGUACUAGCUCUUGUAGGAGGACACUUCAAGUUUCCUGAUAAUACUAGACUAGUCAGUGCAGUGUAUGCAAUAUCAACCAGUCCACUCCUCAAGUCACUGAGGAUAGAAAUGCAACACUGUAUUGAUCUCAGUGAUCCUUCUUUAUCCAAGUAUCUUAAAUUUGCUGUUGCUCCAGUUCACACAGCUAGUCUUCCUUACCAGUUUUUACUAAUUGAAGGAGGGAAGUUUCCAGCAAACCAGAGAUAUGGAUCCAUUGAGCGAAGCAAUUUCUGUCAAUUAGCUAUUGUUGGGAAGGAAGAAGAGGAAAAUGGAGGAGGUAGGAAUGAGGAGAGGAAUGGAGAGGAAGAUGGAGACUCAGGAGAUGAGGGAGGGAAAGGAAAGGGACAGACAACAGGAGGAGAGGGACAAGGAGCUGGAAGAGAAGAAGGAGGAGCAGGAGAAGGAGCAGGAGGAGGAGUAGGAGCUGAGCGUCAGCAGCAAAAAGAAGAAGACAAAAGACAAGUAGAGGGUCGAUUAAGCCAAGAACAGAACAAUCAUGAGAAAAAAGAGCAUGAUGAUGAAGGAAGGGUAGGACAAAAAUUAUUACAGGAGAAAAAAGUUGUACCUACUCAUUCAACUGGUAUUUGUGAAGCUACAAUAUAUUAUGGACAAGUGUUUUAUGAACGAGCAGAUAAAAUGAGAUUUGCAGCUGCUAAAGAUUUGAAUGCUCUAGUUCAGUUUAUUAAAAAAGAAUAUCAUAAACUAGAAAUUAGUGGGCAAGCUUUCAGUUUUCAAUUUGAUUCUCCUUUUGGAUGCCUUGAGCUAGUGUUUGGUCCUCAGGAUGAAUCAAUAACUGGCUGGACUGUUAGUCCAGAAAUUGAACCUUGUCAGAUUAAAGAAAGAGAAAUAAAUAAAUUUGGUUCCGAAAUUAAUAAUACAAUUCCUCCAUCUUGUUUGGUAUCAAUUUAUGCUGACAGCAGUCGUCCUGAUACUGUUCAUGUACUGAAGUAUGCUAUACCAUUGAAAGGAUUACUGGAGCCAAUGAAAAUUAAAAUUAACAGAUCAUUAAAAGAAUUAUUAGCUCAUUCUGUUGGUACUAAGGACAGUCCUAAUCCACAAAAUGAUAUCAAGAAGCACAUUAAUGACCUGAAACGUUUUCUUUCAUUUUCUGAAGCAAUGUUUCGUGACAUAGCUAAUGGUUGCAAGGAGGUACGAAUUAUUAAUGCUUCUCAGUAUGAUGAGUUAUUUGAUGGGAUGAAUAACCA